GAUAAACUAAUUUAAUUAUAUUUUCUAAUUUAAUAAUAUUUAAAUAUAUUUUCUUAGAUGGCUAUAUGUUCCUAUUAGCUUGCCGUUAUCUUAGGAAUCUACAAACUUUGAUUCUGAAUUUUUAAAAUUUAGCAUUUUGAUCUUAUUGCCUACGUACAUAUAUCUACUAAAUCUGUGAAGUGAAGAAUCCGUCAAACAUUGUUUUUGAAUAUAAAAUCGGUGACAAAAAGGCUUUAAUUAAAACUGUUUUAGUUAAGCAAAAGUAAAGUUGCGCAAAAUUAUUGUAAUUUAUUGUUGCAAGAUGUAACAAGAAAAUACAAGUAGAAAGAUAUUUCCUUCAAAAUGAAAAAAAUUGCAAAACGAAAAUCACUCGCAUAAAUUAAAAAAUGCUGAAUUUCGUAAGAAUGGAUCGAUGAAAGAGGCCACACACUGUAUGAUGAUGCUGAAAUUUUUAAACAAAUGCUAAAUUUUUCUACUGAUUUUAUUAAGAACACAGUCGCUCUAAAAUGAUUAUAAGGCAUUCGCAUUCACUAUAAUUCAGGAAUUAGAAAAAGCUACAAAUUACAAAUUACCUAUGUUUUCUUAGCAAUAUUUUUUUUUCGAAUUUUGCGUUUUGUUAAUUAAAUUUUUUGAAACUCGUAAAAUUAUAUAGUUACACACAAGUGAUACUCAUAUAUAAUUUAUAGUAUUUUGCGUAGAGCUACAAAUAUGUAUAUACGUAUGUAUGUUCUUUUUUGUCAUGCAUGACCCUUAUAAUAUGUUAUGAAAUAUAGAUAUACUACAUAUGUAUGUAUAUAAGCAAAACUCAAAAUUUUUUAAAAAUUUUUUGGUUAAAAUGACGAUUAGGCUUAACAGAAAUUACUUAACUAAGGUUUAAUAAUGAAAAACUACAUCGAAGUAAGAAGGCUUAUGGAAAUUAAAUAUUUCGACAUACGAGUACCUACACAAAUUAUGAUUUUUAAAAAUUAGAGGUUUUAGAAAAUAAGAAGGUUACAGGCUUACUAAAUAUCACUCCAGUAUUGGUUUUUUUUAUUAAUAUAAUUCUUAUAUUUUUAGGUCAAACAUAAGUUUGAAAUCUCUAACAGAAGAGCGAACAACAUCCGAUUAGGCGAAACUAAUUAAUCAAAUGCUCUUGAUACAGUCUUUAAAAGAAAAAUUAUUUUUUAACUUAAAAUUUAAAACAAAAAUGUGAAUAACUUAAUUCACGUGUAAUAUUAAAUAUAAAGUUAUAAUAAUACAAAAUAAUAUAAUACUUUUUUAUUUUAUGUGUACAUUUUAUUUUAACGGUAUUGUAAUUUGCAAAACACAAAACGUGCUCUUGGUGAAUUAAACUAUAAGUUGUAAAUUAAUGAAUGUAUUUAAUAAAUUUUUAUAAAUAUUGAAAAAAGAAUAGUAAAUACUAAGAGAAGCUGCGCUGAGUGUGUACAUAAUAUAUCACAGUUUACGUACAUACGUAUAUAAGUUUUAACAUUUUACUUUUAUUUUUAUAGUCUAUCAUCAAUCUAAUAUUAAAUAAAUACAUAAUAAUCAAAGUUAAUUGAUAAAUAGGAACAUUAAGAAAACAAUUGCGAAUUGUUAAACAAUAUUAGAUUUAGAAAAUAUUCAAUAACAACUACCCAUCUUAUGCUUUUUUAUAAAAAAAAAAUUAUAUAAUUUACAAAAACUUAAUUUUUUUAAGAUUUGAAUUUGCUGGUUUUGGUAUUUAAUAUUUCGUUAAUAUUUAAAUAAAAGUGUCAAAGUAUUUUGAAGAUGUUGUACGUUUUCCAUGUUGAUAGUGGUCGAAUGAUCAAAUUCGAUAUGAAUGUGGCUUUGACAAGUGUGCAGAAUUUAAAGGAUAUUAUUGAAAAACGUCACGGCUUAUCAGCAGACAAAGUAGUACUGCUGGUUAGUGGGGGAGAAAUGUUAACAUCAAAUUCAUUAGUAUGCAGUUAUUCUGCAGGGACAGACACGAAUCCAAUUUACAUGUUCACAACAGUAGAUAUUAAACCCCAACCGUGGCCCAGUAUAGAACCUGGACAUUUUACUGAUAGCGAUUUGGCUGAACAAGUUGAACGUUGCCUUAAUUUGCCAUCUGCUCAUAGUACUAUAGUAGCCAGUGCCCAGUUAGGUCAACAAUUUUACGAUUUAGCUUUAGAAGAAGAAACAGUAUGUGAAACUUUAGUACAUGAACAACAUCUGCAGCAGCAGGGUUGGUCAGCUGUAAUAGCGAAUAUGGAAGAUUUAACUGAAGAAUUUCGGCAGCGUUUCGAAACGUUUAGUCGCUGCUUUGAAGAGCAUUUAAGUAAACGCAACGAACACUUAGAGUUGCUACAAAAUUUUAAUCAAGAUCUUGUAAAUUUGUCUAAAAUUCCAAUAUUGCCAAGUUUAUUACAAAACGCGGAAGAAGAAUUUCAUGGAUUUGAUGAAUUUUUAGACAACGAUGAUGUGUUUUCACGUUCUCAACAAAAUGAAUCUAUGAUUCUUCAAUCAACUAACAAUAGUAAUAAUGAUAAUAGUAAUAAUGAUGUUACUAGCAAUGAGAGAAUACAUCAAGGAGCUGAAACAAGUGAAUCUAUAGAAGGUGGUAGCAUAAAUGCCAGAACAAUGAUAACAUCAUCUUCAGGUUCAAGUAGUGUCGUUGAACAAAAACGUCCUAGGUUGUCCAAGGAAAAUACUCCGGAAACUGUUAUAAUUUGCAGUGGUAUUAAGUCAGAUACUAGUACUAAUAGUAAGGCUGUGAUAAAUUGUCGGAAUUUGACAUUAUUACAAUGGAUAUCAGCUAAAGAAAAUCAUGAUGCGCUUAGAGUUAUGGCUGAAGAAUGUGGCCAAGGGCUAGCAACUUUUAGUUCAGAUAAAUACGAGCAAUUGAAAAAUGAAGUAUUCAACAUAAUCAAAUGCGCAGAACAGGAAGAAAUAAAAGAAAUUAAAGGUUUGGAAGAUCGAUUAAGUGGUUUAGAAAAACUGAUGUUUAAUUUAAAAAAAAUUGUUCAAGACCAAGGUGGUCACUCGACUGCUUUGCAACAGAGUCAAAACCGCACAAGCAGAUUGGGUGAUCCGUCUAUAUUACCAGACUUAUGCGAAUCACAUCGUGGUCAACUAAAAGUUAUGUUAAAUAAUCAUAAACAAAUUCGUGAUUACAGAAGACGUAUAUCAAAAGCUAAAGACGAGUUGGGCUUGAAUCUCAACAAACGUUUAAAAUUUAUAGUUCAAAUAGAAAACGCAAUGAGCGAGAGAGAUCAUUCUUUACUUUUUUAUCAUCGAUGUCAGCGUCGUGUAGAGCGGCAUAUAAACAUUAUCCAACAAAUUCACCUAACUCCCAAAAUAUAUUUGGAAGCAGUUACUGAAGUCGUUAGACGUCGCAUUUUUUCAGGUGAAUUCGUACAAUGGGCUUCCAAUUUAGCUUGUGACUUUGAUGCUAUUCAUAAUGAAGAGGUGGAAAGAAGACGUCAGUUCAAUUCCAAAUUCGAAGGUCAUUUCUUGAACAUAUUGUUCCCUGGUAUGAAUGAUAUGCCACCGGCUUUUGCAAAUGAAAAUCCUAUUAUUUUUGAUGCUUGCUUACCGAAUAUUACUAAAAAUGAUGUUGAUUUGUUAACGGAAUUUUUGCCUAAUAUCGGUGAUAAUAUACAAUUGCCAGACAUGGAAAAUGUAAUAGAUUUCUUUGCCUCAAGAUCUGGAAAUAAAAUGUCCGAUCAAAAAAUGUCUACAACUCAAAAUGAAUUGCUUUCUACAAAUGUAAAUGAAAUUAUUUUAGCACACCGACCAAUAGAUCUGCAUACACACCUGAAAGACGGCUUUGAAUCAGAAACAGAUACGGAAGAAUUUGAAAAGGUUGGUGAUCGUAGCUCAACAGAAGGGCAGUCUUUAUGUCAAGGAAAAUUAUUGAGAGGAUUAAAACAAACACACACAUCGGUAGCUACAUCAACAAGUGAAAAUCGCCCUUUUAUGCAAAAUACCAGCAUUGAAACAGAACCAAUUAAAAUGAAUAAUGCUGAAACUCUAACAGAAGAAAACUUAGAAAGUAAUGAAAAAGAAAAGGAAAAAUUGAAAUCUUGUCUUCGUUGCAUGUGUGAAAUUUCAAAUAAAUGCACAAAAUUAUUAAAAGAAAACCUUCAGUCUUUGAAGUCAGAUCAAAGACAAGCAAAUGAAGUGACUAAGAAAAAUAUGAAAACUAUUGAGCAAGCAUGCAAUUUAAUUCAGGAAAAAUAUAAAAAUCAAGAUCGUCUUAUCACUGAAGCUCACCAAUUAGAAACGAAAAGUCUUCUGGAUAAAUUAAAAGAAUGCGAAAACGUAAUAAAAAAUUUGAAAGAAGAGCAAAAUUAUUUAAUAUCUAGUCAUCUGAAACAUAUAGAAUGUCUUGAAACUGAAUCAAAACAAUUGCGUCAAACAUUGGAAGUUAGAAAUGAAGAAAUCGAACAAUUACAAAAUAAGGUAGAAUCUUUUAAUGCAGAAAGAAUAAAAGCUUUGAACGAAUUACGGGAAAAGUUGAUUCAUGAACAUAAAACUGAAUUAGAAUCUCUUAGAUGCCGAUUUAAAAUUAUGACAAGUAUGGAAAGAUCACCUUCAGACACAAGUCUCGAAAAAAUAGAAAAAUCUGAUAUGAUAGACAUUACAUGUCAUGAAUCUAUUUUGUUACAGACACGUGAAGAUUUGAAUAUUGAAAAGGAAAUAGCAGUGAAGAAAGCAAAAGAGGAAUUUAAUAUCGAAAAAGACAUUGCAAUACAAGAGGCUAUUGCUCUUGAACGUAUAAAAUGGGAACACAACUCUUCCCCAACUGGCGUAAUGGCUAUGACAGCAAAUAUGGAGUUACUCAAGAAAAUGGUGGAGGAAAAAGAUAAACAGUUAGAUAUUAUGCGCGAACGAGAAUUAAUGUACAGUAAAGAUAUAUGUCAGCUAAAAAUGAAAAUUGAAGCUCUAACAAACGAUGAAGAAAGUGAUAAAGGUUGGAUGAAGGAAAAAAUUGAUUUUUUAAAUCGCCACAACCACAAAUUAGAACAGGAAUUAAAUAUUGAAAAGGAGAAAUCGAAAAGAUUUGAAAUGGAAUCUUCGAUUUCAACUAUGAGAAGUUCUAACAUUGAACAAAGCAUGAUUCGCUCAAAAUCAUCAUCUAGUCAAUAUGGAGGAAGUACAACACUUCGUAACUUAAACGUUUCAACAGAUUCGUGCUCUGCUGGGGAUUUAGUUUUUGUUGUAUGGAAUAUAAGACACGGCCAAUAUAUUAUCGUCCAGGAAUCUCCAAAUUUGUUUUUUGUGCACGCAGAUUCUUUGUCGUCACUGAAUUUAAAAUUACCUAUACCUGCAGAUAUAGAAAUACCGGUGCCAUUUUUCACUAUAGCCAAAGUAAUCAAUAAAGAAUUUUGUCAAGCCAGAAAGGAUGAAAAUCGUUAUAAAGUUUUAAAAGGUACAAAAUUCUUUAGAGUGAAGCUCCAGCCCGUAACAGAAAUGAAAUGGCAUUUGAGACGAGAAAAACUUGAAGCCGUAACCUCAAACGUGACUUCUGUAAGUAGAUCAACUAGUACCCAACAUUUGAUUGAUUCAUUUUCUCAAACUGAAACUGAGGAUUUCACAUGUGAAAAUUUUACAACUUCAUCGUUAGCAACAACUUCAUCAAACUGUGAUAUUCCUAGAUGCGAUGAAAUAAAUAUUGAAGAAGAUUCACAAAAACCUCAAUUGGAAACUCUUGACACCACUUCAAAUCGACAUAUUGUAGAAAAUAUGAGUAUAAAAAAUCGUACCCUUAGUGCAAGCAGUUUUACCCAAGAAAAUGAAGAACCAGAUUCUUUGUUAAACGAUCCCUGCAAUUUUCGACGUGUAGCAGAAAAUGGAAAAACUACAUUUGCAAGCCCAAUCCUUUCAGAAAAAGGCAUCGAAAAUAUCGGAAUGUUUGUGGCAAGUCCAAUGUCGACAGAAAAUUCCUCAAUUGCAGACAUAGAAUUAUCACUUUCAAGAAAGUUAAUUCAAGAUGAAACAAACACUGCUUCAACAACAUCUGGUAAUCAAAUACAAGGUGAAAAAGAACAAACCGAUGACUCAGAUGAAUAUAGGUCCCUAGAAACAAAAGAAGAUUUUGUUGACUUUUCGGCUCAGGCAGAACCACAGUCUGAAAGCAUUUCAACUAUCAUCACAAUGAUGGAAAAUCCAAGAGCAGUUUCGGCUACACCAUCGACAAUGAGUAUAAAUGAGUACAUUUAAAAAUUACUUUAGAUUUUUUGUAUUUUAUAAACCUGAAAAAGAUAGUCUACAAAAGCAAUGUGCUGUAUAUGUAUAUAAUGUACAAAAUAUAUAAAAAUGUAUGGCUUAUGUAAGAUGUUUCGUAUUUGGUGAACCGUUUGAUACCGUUGUUCAGGUUUUCGCGUCGAGAAAAAAUUGUGCUUUCUAAAAUUAUUGACUGUUAAUAAAAAUUUUGAUGUUUACUUCAUCCUUGAAGAGUUAGGAAUAAAUUAA